AUGACAUCAGUUAAGCAUCCCAAAAUUAGUGUUCUUGGUGCAGGAGAUAUAGGUUGUACUUUGGCACAUAUGAUUUGUGAGAAAAACUUGGGUGAUGUGGUUUUGCACGAUUUUCGAAAAGACCUGCCCAAGGGAAGAGCCCUGGACAUUCUACACACAAGACCAUUGAAUAGAUCAAGAAUCAACAUUCUUGGAACCAACGAAAUAACAGAUAUUAAAGAUUCGCUAGUUGUGGUGGUUACAAUUGAAGUGUCCGAACGGGAGUUUGCAGAAUUUGAUGAAGAAGAUAUAGAAAAACAGGUUUACACUUCUAACGUCAAACUUUUAAAGGAAAUAUCAAAAUCAAUUAAAAAGCAUUGUCCACAAGCUUUUGUUGUAGUUACUACGAACCCUGUUGAUUGUAUGGCUAAAGUUUUACAGGAACAUGCAAAUAUUCCAUCUCAUAAAAUAUGUGGAAUGGCAGGGGUUUUACACAGUGCAAGAUUGAGACACAACUUAGCCGAAAAACUUAGAGUAAACCCAGGAGAUGUCCAAGGGUUCGUCAUAGGUGCGCAUGGAGAUAAGAUGGUUCCAUUGCCACGAUACUGUUGCGUGAACGGAAUUCCAUUACACGAUUUUACCAAGAAGGGGGCUAUUACAGAAAAGGAAAUUAAUCAAAUUGUUGAAAAAACCAAGAACACAGGUUUAGAGUUGUUAGAAUUACUACCUGAAGGAUCAGUUUGUUUUGCACCAUCUUUGGCUAUUGUAGAAAUCAUUGAAGCUUAUUUGAAGGACUUGAAGAGAGUUCUGGUAUGUUCUGUACCAUUGAAUGGUCAAUAUGGACACAAGGGAGUGUUUGCUGGUGUCCCAUGUGUCAUUGGAGGUAAGGGCAUUGAGAAGAUUAUUGAACUUGAUCUGAAUACCCAAGAAAAAGAACUCUUUGACGAUUCCCUAAAACAUAUUAGCUACUUGUUUGAGAAUUACAAACACGAGGCUGUCAUAGAAGAUGAGGCUAAGCCUAACUAG